UCUUGGUUGUGGAACCCGAAUUUCAUCCUGUAACUACCCAAGCUAUCGAAACGAGCUUCGUGAUAUCAAGCGCAAUCAAUGCAUGGCACCGGCAGCCAAUCGAUGUGCCAAUCGAUGUGCCUGUCCCUACAUACGAUGCACAAAUCAUACAUCUCUAGAGCCCAUCUUCUCCCUUGCCCUGAAUUCUAUAUAUUCUCCCUCAUCCUCUUGUUUUGAUCAUCCCCAGCAUCCACUUUCUCCCUCCCUUUUUCUCUACCGCUUCUACAUAACCACACAACUCUUCACUACCGCCAAUCGAUAUGCCUAUCCCAACAGAGUCCGUUGGAUCUCUUCCGAGACCUGCCAAACUCCAGGAAGCGUACGCCAACUACGAUGCAGGCAAGAUCACCAGAGAGGAGUUUGAGAAGGCUCAAGACGAGGCCUGCAAAGACUCGAUCGAGCGUAUGGAAGCCACCGGCCAGUGGUGUGUGACCGACGGCGAGAACCGUGCCAGUUCCUUUGCGACCUACCCGAUCACGGAUACUCUGAACGGCACCGGCCUUGCCGACAGCCUCCUGCCGGACGGGCAAUACUUUGCUAUCUUUGACGACGGACAUCACCGACAGCUUCCCCGGCUCGUCAAGGGCCCGUUCAGAUACAAGACGUACGCGGCAGACUACUUUAACAAGUCCAAGAAGUUUGCAACCAAGCCUCAGAAGGCGGCCGUCAUUGCUCCUUCCAUGCUCUACCUUCUUUACCCCCUCGAGGAAGAGAUCAAGGGCUAUUCCAAGGAGGAAUUCGUCAAGGAUCUCGUCGACGAGUGCGAGAAAGAUAUCCGAAAGUGCUUCGAGGCCGGAGCUGUCCGUGUCUCGAUCGACUUUACGGAGGGCCGCCUUGCUUGCAAGAAUGAUCCUCGAAACCCAUGGACCGGAAGGCACAUGCUCCAGACGUUUAUCGAUCUCAACAACAAGGUUCUCGACCGUUUCAGCGCCGCGGAGAGAAAGAACAUUGGCAUCCACACCUGCCCUGGCGGAGACUGUGACUCGGUCCACAGCAAGGAUGUCGACUACAGCGAGCUCCUCCCAAGCAUGUUCCAGAUGAACGCCGGAUACUUCCUGAUCCAGCUCUCGACGGAAGCCGACAAGCCCCGCAUCUACGAGCUCUGCGGCAAGCAUUCCCGAGCAGAUGCCGAUGGAGUCGCACAGGUCUGCUUCAUCGGCGUGAUCGACCCGCUCAGUCCCCGCGUGGAAACACCAGAAGAGGUCCGCGAUGCCCUGCUCGAGGCUGCCAAAUACAUUCCCGUCGAGCGGUUGGGUGCCACCGACGACUGCGGCUUCAGUCCGUUCAGCAUCGACAUCAAGCCCAAGCACGCGGGCCCCGACGAGGCCCGUCUAGUUGCAUUCCAAAAGAUUGCGGCCAGAAUCAAGGGCGUCGAGCUGGCCAGUGCAGCGUUGGGUGUUUAGGAACGGAAGGACGGGGGGUUUCAUGGCUACUUUUUUGUUCCUUCUUUUCUUUUUUUGCUUGGGUUGUUUCUUCGUCCGUAACUGUGAUCAUAACUUCGGUAGUAACAAGUAUUAUGCACGCCCCCGAUCCUGUCA